AUGAUCGCCGCCCCAAAACCUUUGGCGGUAUUACUCGCCAAUGUAUUGAUUCCUAUAGCCGUUAUCUUCUUCUCCGCAGGGUUCUUCCCAUACAAACCCCUCCUACCUGGACUUGCCAGCUAUGAGGGGACGAGUAAGGAUGGAAUUCCACCAAGGGUCUUCGAUAAAGUGGUCUUCAUGGUGGUUGAUGCACUGCGCAGUGACUUUGUUUAUUCAAAUAGCUCUGGGUUUUCGUUUACUCAAGGGUUGAUUCGAUCUGGUGCCGCGCUGCCCUUCACAGCUUAUGCUAGCUCCCCAACCGUCACAAUGCCUCGCCUCAAGGCUAUAACGACAGGCUCUGUACCCUCGUUCUUGGACGUGAUUCUCAACAUCGCUGAAUCGGACACUUCGUCAACACUGGCCCACCAAGACACGUGGUUGGCACAGCUAAGGGCCAAUGGCGGCAAGCUUGUCAUGUACGGCGAUGAUACUUGGUUGAAACUGUUCCCGGGUAUGUUUAGUCGAGCCGAUGGAACGACAAGUUUCUUUGUGUCGGACUUUACUGAAGUAGACAACAACGUGACCCGCCACAUACCCGAUGAACUUCUGCGUGACGACUGGUCUGCACUUAUAAUGCACUAUCUAGGUUUGGAUCACAUAGGACAUAAAUCUGGCCCUAAAAGCCCAUAUAUGAUACACAAGCAACGUGAGAUGGACUCAAUUGUCGCUCAGGUCUACACAGCUUUAGAACGGGAAGAACACCUUCAGUCUACUCUUUUUGUUGUUUGUGGAGACCAUGGGAUGACCGACGCAGGCAAUCAUGGUGGUUCGUCUGUAGGCGAAACUUCGCCGGCGUUACUUUUCAUAUCGCCAGCGUUGAAAAACCUAGGGACUCGUAAUCAAAGCCCGGCAGAGCCCUCUAGCGAUCUACAAUAUUACCGGACUAUUGAACAAACCGAUAUAACCCCGACUUUGGCUGGACUUCUUGGUCUACCAAUCCCUAAGAAUAGCUUGGGCGUCUUCAUUCCUGAGUUUCUGCAAAUGUGGAAUACAAAGUCGCAACGGAUUCACAUGCUUAUGGAAAAUGCUAAGCAAUUGCUCCGAACCGUCGAGGCGGCAUAUCCUCGUCAUACAUUCGACCCCGAGUUCACGCCCGCACUGUGUGGUGAUGAAAUGUCAAACGGUAUUGAGGAGGUCCACUGUGAUUGGUCUCGUGUGCUCGAGCUACAAGAUCAGCCUGAUGGUGCGUUAAGAAAUGUUGCGGAGACCAGCCUUUUUUCAGUUUUAAGAGAUGCCCAAAAUUUGAUGAGUAGUGCUGCCAGUGAUUAUGACAUAAGAAGCCUUUACAUAGGUAUUUGCAUUACUGGUGUUGCCGUCUGGCUUUCCUUCGCCCCGAUGCAGCACCUGCUCUGCGAAUACAAACGCUCAGGGGCAUUCCUUCUAUUCGCUGUCUUAAGCUAUAGCGGUAUGAUGUUUGCAAGUAGCUAUGUCGAGGAAGAACAGCAGUUCUGGUAUUGGGUAUCUAUGGCAUGGACAGUAUUCCUUUAUACUAAACCCUCCGGCUCUCUUCGUGGGGGUUACAAAUCCAACCACAAAUCAACAGGUACCUUGUUCGCAAAACUUGGUGUCUUGGGAUUGGCGACUUCUCUCCGAAUAUUGCGGCGGUGGAACCAAACUGGCCAAAAGUUCGCUGGUGAACCUGAUGUUGCACGAGGAUUUUUACCUUCCCAUCCACAUGUGCUGUGGGCCUUGGUGAUUUUGACAUAUGCAGAUGUUUUCGUUCAUCUUGUGUUUGGCUUUACUCGGGCCAUAUCGUGGAUUCUCAUGGCGUUUGCUGUGGUGGCAGCGGCGUGCCUUUUCAAGAUUUCCUCCGUGGCGUCCGAUUCUUUUGAAUUGAUCGAUGGCUCUUUCCUGGAACCCGUGGCCAAGCUUGUCGGCAGUGUGCCGCUCGUUUUGCAUGCGAGGCUUGCCGCUUGCGGGAUAUUCCUACUUGUGGCAUAUUCGAUAUACCUCCGGAAAGCCACGGGACCCUUACAGCUCAAGAGAGGAACAUGGCCAAGCGCCAUUCUUCACGAGGCUUUGGCCCUCUUACUUCUGACACAGUCGAGGAUCACGAACAUUCCUAUAUUUCUAAUCUUCAGGAUACAGCUCAAUAUUCUGGCCUCGGUAGAGUUGCAGCCCAUUGAGCUGGCCAUCAUGUCAAUACUCAUGCAAUAUACCACGUAUUUUGCCUUGGGGGGCUCCAAUGCAAUCUCUUCGGUCGAUCUGUCUAACGCAUAUAAUGGCGCAAUUGGGCGGGCCCAAUAUGGUGGACGUCGGCGAGUUGGCUUCUCCGAAGGCAACAAACUCGAAAAGAAAGACAGUCCCAUGUAA